GACGUCUUGAGAGAGAGAAUGGUAGAAAUGUAUUGUCGGCCACUGAAAUUCGUCCUGUCCUGAAAGUUUCCAUAAUGUACGCGGAUGGAAUGGCUCGCACGGCGCCUUCUGCUUCUCCGCGAAAAGACUGGUUUGAUCUGCGGAUGCAAGCGAAAUUGUGCUCCGGGAUUCAGUAUCAGAAAGUUUAUGUGCUUUGUUGUUUGGAUUCAUCAACGGAAGAUUGAAAACAAUGGCUACGGCAACAAUGGCCACCGCUGCAGGUGCGGCGGCUCUACUUUACUACACGCUGAACAAAAGAUUACAGGCAGAAAAAUCUCGGGAUCAUAAAGAGGGCGAAGAUAGUGAUGAUGGAUCUAGGAAUGCUCCUGAUGUGAACAGGAUUUCUCGGAGGCCGGUGCAAGCACCAGCUACGUGGAUGGAAACAAUAUCGACCUUGUCUGAGACCUUGAGGUUUACUUACUCUGAGACUCUGGGGAAAUGGCCGAUUGGAGAUUUAGCUUUUGGGAUCAAUUUUCUUCUCAAGAGGCAGGGAAAUUUAGAUGUUUCUAGUAUAUACGCUGGAGAUAAUAGUGUACAACUUAAAGGACCAAAAAUCACUGCUGAGCUAACAUAUCUCUUAAAUUUGUUAACACUUUGUUGGCAUUUUUCGAAGAAGCCAUUCCCGUUAUUUCUAGAGGCAACAGGUUACUCUCGCGAAGAUGUUCUACUCCAGGAACCAAAAGCAGGGAUUUUGAAGCCAGCUUUCACAAUUUUAACUGACAGGGACACUAAGAGCAUACUUCUACUCAUUCGUGGAACGCAUAGCAUAAGGGAUACUUUGACGGCUGCAACAGGGGCUAUUGUACCAUUUCAUCAUACUCUUGUACAUAAAGGUGGUGUUAGUGAUUUAGUUCUUGGUUAUGCACACUGUGGAAUGGUUGCGGCUGCUCGAUGGAUUGCGAAGAUAGCAAAUCCAUGUCUUACAAAAGCAUUGCAUGAUUAUCCAGAUUACCAGCUAAGGGUUGUCGGCCACUCACUCGGUGGAGGAACUGCAGCACUCCUGACAUAUAUUUUACGCGAGCAUCAGGAAUUUGCAACUGCUUCUUGUGUUUCUUUUGCUCCAGCUGCAUGUAUGAGCUGGGACUUGGCAGAGUCGGGUACACACUUCGUUACGUCAGUUAUUAAUGGAGCUGACUUGGUUCCUACGUUCUCGGCAGCUUCAGUGGAUGACUUGCGUUCUGAGGUCACUGCAUCAGCAUGGCUAAAUGAUCUAAGAAGUCAAAUAGAGCAAACAAGAAUAUUGAGUACGGUCUAUCGCUCUGCUUCUGCUCUCGGCUCUCGAAUAUCAUCAAUUGCUAAUGCUAGAGCAAGAGUAGCUGGUGCCGGUUCAAUUCUUCGUCCUGUUUCGAAUGGAACUCAGGUCGUGAUGAAGAGAGCUCGUAAUGUGGCCCAGGCUGCUUGGACUAGUCAAUCCCUACGAAUAACCUCAUGGUCGUGUAUGGGUCCCCGUCGCCGGCAGAGCGCCACCAUGUCCGUCUCCACCUCAAGACUAGAUGAACCUGGGACCAACUCCACCACAGCAGCUGAGACAGUGGAUCCUUGUCUGACCUCAAACAAUACCUUCAUGGAGACGAGAACCGAGAUAAUGACAGCCCAAAUUGACGAUGCUGUUGAGGCUGAGAUUGACGAGGACGACCUCAUAGGCCUCGCACGGAAUGAGGAAGAUAGCAUGACCGAGGCCGAGCUUUGGCAACAGCUCGAGAGCGAGAUCUACAGAGGAAGUGUGGGUGAGGAGGCUGACGUCGUGAGGGAGAUAAGGGAAGAAGAAGUCGCUGCCGUUGCGGAGGUGGCGGAGGCAAGCGAAUCAGAUAGCUUACUUCCCGUAGUUACAACCGAAGUCCAUCGAUUCUUUCCUCCGGGGAGAAUAAUUCACAUCGUGACGUUUAAUCCAAAUGAUAGAUCACCUGAGGAGGAGGUAGGCGACACUGUUGAUUAUGAAUUUCGAGAGGAGAAGGCAAAUAUUAGGGUUUUUGAGACCCCGAGAUCACUCUAUGGAAAGUUAAGGCUUUCGCAGGCAAUGAUAAAUGAUCACUAUAUGCCAAUAUAUAGGAGGAAUAUGGAGAGGUUAAUUAAUGAGCUUGUGAAGGAAGAAGAUUCACAAGAGGAAUCUCAUUACAAGGAUAGAUCUUUAUAGAGAAGAAAAUUGCUUCAUUAGUUAUAAAAUAGGCAAGCAGAUUGCUCCAUUAACUAAAAAAUAGGGCUUUGAUGUAGAUUUGUGCAUGUAUAAAUAUGUUGCUUUACAUGAUGUUCUGUGUCUGAUGGUUUCCUUCUAUUAUUACUAUUAUUAUUUUUUUUUAACUUUUGCUUGUAAUACUGUAUAUUCAUGGGAACUGAUGGGCUGACAAAUUUUAAUUAGCACUGCCUGAGAAUGAAAUAUAUGAAAUCUGGCAUGGAUUCUUCAAUCA